AUGAAAGUAGAGGAAUUCCUUGCCAAUUUAUUUUGUGAGAUGGAUUUGGUGCUAAUGCCUUCAAGAACCGAGGGAUUUGGAUUGACAGCCCUAGAAGCCAUGUCUGCUGGCUUGCCAAUACUUGUAAGUGGUAACUCUGGAUUUGGGGAAGCACUCAAGCAAGUGCCAUUUGGCAACCAAUUUGUCGUGGAUUCAGAUGAUCCUGAUAGGUGGGCAGAGGCGAUUAAGGCUGUUCGAAAGAAAGAUAGGAACUUAAGAUUGGAAGAGGCCAAACACCUUCAAAAAAUGUAUGCCAGCAAAUUCACCUGGAAGGAACAGUGUGAUUCACUUUAUGAAGCAAUGUGUACUAUCAUGUCAAGUAAGAUUUAUGUUUUUCUCCUUUAACUUUGUUCUUGUCUAGUUGCACAUUUCCUAAUUUCAGGGUGUGGAAACUUGAUUUUGGGGCUCUCAUCUUCUGUCAGUAAUAUCAAGAUAUUACUGGUCAAAAUAUAUUUCCAACCACCAAUUCCCAUUUGUAGGGAAGAACAGGUACAGUACAAGUUUGCUUACAUCUUCAUCAUAUAAUGCAUCAAUCAAUUUGAAGCUUCAACUUCACCUGGGCAUUUGAACUUUUGAAGAAUGGUCCAUUCAAAUUGGAUCUUCCAUGCACCCAAGAAAUUCUACAAAUUGGAUCAUAUUUCAUGCAACUCAUAUUAAGAUAAAACACAUUUAUUCGGCUCUUAAGACUUGACAGCUCUGGUUCAAAUUCCUUACCUUACCCUACCCUACCCAUGUACCAUUAAAUACCUCUGGGGAGAGGGGAUGUUAUCAAAAAGAUGGAAAUAAUUCUAUUAAGUUUGCCAAACUGGUCUGGUGUAAGGAAGAAGGCAAGUGCAAAUUUUAAACUCGGGUUUUUAAGUGCAUGUACUGUUGGUAAAUGUAGGUUUUGUUAAUUUAAUGUUUACUGAAAUAUUUUUCUGUGCCUGUUCUUCAUUGAUUCCUUCCUAACCUUUUUUGAUUGCUCUCUAGUAUUAAUAGUAUAUAUUUUUUUGGCAGGAUCCACAGCUGAUUUAGAUUCUACCACAAUCCCAAGAAGUCAGUUAACCUUGGUAAACCCUAAUGAGGCUGAUCAGGGUGCUAGACAUUUGGCUCACAAUCCUGAAGGUAUGCACUUUGUAAAAUGUAUCAACUGUUGCUAUGAUGCAUAGUUCUUCAACCAGAACUAACUUACAAUUUAAUUGGCCACUUCCAAGUUCUCACAUUUCAGUGAUCUGGUACUGAAAUUAGGGCAUGUGUACAAGGCUAAGGGCAAAGUUGCCUUCAUCGGUUUAAAGAAUAAAGUGCUGUGGUGGCAAAAACAACCAAAAUUUUUUUUGAAAAUUAAAUGUGAGAGAGUGAAAAAUUAUUUGAGAGACACAAGUGAAGUGAUGACAGCAAAGGAAAAACAAAAUACAGAACUGUUUGAUUUAUGCAAGAAAGCUGCAGCAUUGAAGCACAUCAAAAUUGCCUCUUCUGCUAAGGACCCCAAAAAAACCAUUGGAGGAGAAAUUAUAAACAAGUGAGAGCAAAUUUCCAGUACCAAAUAUUUUAAUGCUUGGACGUACCUCUUUUCUAACAUUCCAGAGUUUUCACUCCGUGUCCAUAUGCAACCUUGGGUCACUCAUUUUUGUGCCAUCAUUUAACUGUUGUUUUACUUCUUGCUGAAUCACAGCAAGGGCUCUUUGUAGUUUGCAAAAACAAAACGAAUCAAAUGCUAGACAUGAGAAUUGCUCGAAUUGGGAGCAUCAUGCAUUCCUCCUCAGCAGGAAAACAUAGAAUUGCAUUUUUUACAAUAAAAAUAUUCUACAAUGGAAUGAAAUCAGGAAAAAAGUUAAGCUUGGGGUUCAAAUGUUAUUUAAAGUUCGUAUUAUACGCUAAGUUGUGUUUGCAAUCCAUGCCACCGACCAAUUCCUUCUGGCCGGUGGAGUUUACCACACAGACUUGCAUUCCAUAAAUUAAAGAUUUUCAUUUUGUAAAUGGUAGCUUUCCAUUUCACUGAUAAAAGACUUUGAGUUCAUUUUGGUAGGUAAAGAUUUCCAAUCCGUUUUGUUUAGAUUGUUUUGUAAGUUACAGUAAAGUUUUGCUACGGAUCAGCAAGAAAGAAACAACAAUUUUAAUCUUUUAAAAAUGAUGAGAUAGAAGAAACUGAGGCCAGAGAUGCAGAAGUUGUGUAUCCGAGGAUCCAAAAUUUAAGGCACUAGAAAUUUGCCCUGACUUGUUUGUAAUCUCUCCUCCAACAGUUUUAGUGGUCUUCAGCAGAGGCAUUUAGUUGGAUCUACUUCAUUGCUGCAGCUUUCUUGUAUAAAUCAAAAAGCUCUGCAUUUUUUCUUUCCUUUGCUGCCAUCACUUAGCUGAAUGCCUCUCUCCCACAAAUAAUUUUUCACUCUCCCUCACCGAAUUUCAUGAAAUUUUCUCUCAUGUUCACCACCACAGCACUUCAUUCUUUAAACUGAUGAGAAUGACUUGGCACUGAGUCUUGUCCUCAUGCUGUAAUUUCAGUAGCAGAUCACUGAACCUCAAGAACUUGGAAGUGACCUGUCAUAAUAAUUACUUACUUGUUAACCUACCUGAGGAGGUAAUAAAAAGCCAUUAGCACCAAUGUAUUUAGAUGCUGUCCCAUAUUUUCCCCAUAUUUCUUCUCAAAAGUAAAAAAAUAUAUUUGAACUGAUAAAAUGUAGAGAUUUCAUUGAGUAAACUAUUGAGUAUGUCCAUAUUUAGGAAAGUAAUUUAUCUGUUGGUCAGUACAUCAGAUCAUGAUCAGUCUGGAGAAAUAAUAACUUCUUGGUCACUGAGGCACAUAAACCAUAGUUGUUCGGUCAUAAGGUGCACCAUUUUUACAAGAAUCUGAGUCUUUUCUCUCAUGGAAAAAAUAGAUGCCAAACUUGGGGUGUGUCUUGUAUCUGAGUAUUUUGGUGAAACUGGUUUUGAAAAGUUCAGAUUUUCCCACUCCUAUUUAUUGUUAGUAAUAACUGGUAGUUUCUGUUCCAAAAGCAGGAAAAGGCAUCCCUGUAACUGAAGAAUUUGAAACUUUUUGUGACAAGCACACUUGAAUGAUACAUUAGAUCUGCCUUUUUCCACUUGUUUCCAACUUUCCACAUGCUUUUACUUAUUCAAUCUCAAAAUAGCAGAUCCAUCAGUGAAACAGCCUUCUAGGAAGCGUAAACGGUCCAUCUCUUCUGGUGUUCAAGCUCCUAAGCAAUUUAGAUUGGUGUUGGAUGACAAACGAGGUAAGAUAUGAAAUAACUGUAUAUAUUUUUGUUUUUGAUAUUGUUUUGAGAAUAAAAGCAUUUUCCAUCCAUCUCCUUAUGUCACUUUUAUAGUGUUUUCACCCUUUUUUUUUCUGGUGGGCUGGUUGUCCUCAGAAACUUGAAUCUGGUAACAUCUGUUAAAUACAAAAAAAUUAUAAAUUACAAUACCACUCAGAUAUAUGCUAACCAGAAAAAUGUGCAGGAAAUUUCAUGUAAGUGCAGAUAAAUAAAUAAAAAUUUUCAAUUUUGUGCAUGCAUAAGCUUGACUCAUCUGCCUCAGUAUGUCUAAGCUAGGCCUUUUGUUUUCCAUUAUUGAUGGUUCAGUGUUUAGGGUGAGGGUUUAUUUAACUGAGAAAACUGUCUCCUAGAAUGAUGAUCUUCAGAAUUUUGAAAGAUCAUACUUAGUCUAAAAGUAUGUUACAUUUAAAACUAACUACAUUUUGUUUGACACAGAUCACAUUACCUUGGUGGUUAAAAGACUCCAAGCUGAAUACAAAAGGAGGUCUUUGGUGAAGCCAUUACCCUGGAACAAUACCCUUCAACUGCAACUUGAUGACACUUACACCAGAUUGAAAUUUCUCUCUCGAAGAAAACGUGACUUCAUAUUGGAAAAUCUCGCCAUUGACACAGAUGAAAUUUUUGAGUUUGACAAAGGGGAGGAUAGCAUGGUUUUAAUUGAGGGAAGUCCAGGAAUCGGGAAAACAACAUUUUGUCUUUACCUUGCUAAUGACUGGGCCAGAAAAAGAUUUACAGAAAACAGUCAAUUGAAUAGCAAAUUUGAGUUAGUUCUUCUAUUGAAGUGCCGGGAUUUUGAAGGAGAUGUCAUGGAAGCCAUCUGUAAUCAACUUCUUCCUGAAGAUUGUGAUGAGAAAAUUAGGAAUAAUCUUGUGGAUUUCCUAAAAGACUUUCACAACCAAGAAAAAGUGUUGCUAAUUUUGGAUGGUUUGGAUGAAUUGCCCAUUAGGUCUAAAUGCCAUGUAGCUAAAUUACUUCAUAGACAGAUUCUCCCAUUUUGUUUUGUGUUGGUGACAUGCCGACAAGAAAGAGGAAUUUCAGCUCGAAAGGAGUUUCAAUUUGAAAGUCAUUUGCAAAUUGAAGGGUUCACAGACAAAGCUGCCUCUGACUUUGUCAUAAGGUAUUUUGAAAACAUUUCCCCUGCAAAUGGCCAGAAACUUACAGCAGAAAUUAAGGAAAAUUCUCUCCUCAAAGCCCUUCUAAAUAACCCUUUAAAUUUGCUUCUUCUGUGUGUUGUGUUUGAGGACUCUCAAGGAAAACUUCCUUCUUCCAGGACUGAACUUUAUCAGACUAUAGUCUGUUGUCUCUUGAGGAGAUAUUGUGCUAAGCACAAUUUGAUUUCUCGUUCUGAUGACAGAAUAUUGCAGAAGCAGUUUGAAGAGAGCACGCUUGCUUUGGGAGAGCUAGCCUGGAAGAGCCUUCUUAAAGAUCGCCACAGUUUCUCUGAAGAAGAGUUAGCAAGCCUUGAAAGAAGAACUGAUGGUCUAGUUGCCCGUCACAUUGGUCUUGUAUUCAAGGAGGCAAGUGUGAAGAAGAUGAAUCCUAGUGAUGAAUAUUAUUUUCUUCAUAAAACUUUCCAAGAGUUUUUAGCGGCAUCAUAUCUUGCACAUAGUCUACAGAAAGAUGACAUUAACAUCUUUAGAGACUGUUCCUUGUGGUUUUAUGAAAUUGUAACAAAAUACCGGCAGGUGUUUCUGUUUGCAGUUGGCAUACUAGAGAAAAAUGAUGUUUUGUUUAGACAAGUUGGUGAAGAACUUUCACAAAACUAUGAUGAGUGGAACUGGCUUCAGUGCUCAGAAGAAGAAGCAACAUUCUUCACUGAAUGCCUCAAGGAAAGUGGAAACUCAGAGGACAUGGCAUGUACUCUCUUUUCAUUAAUUCCACUUCCACAAGAUAUAGAGAUCAAUCACAAUGUUGAUCAUUAUCCAGAAAACUUUGUGCCAAUUUUGAAAGUUUGCCAAGAAUUUCCACAACUAAAACAACCAAUAAACCUUUUCAUAACUGAUGCCAAUUUUCUUGAGGAUUGUGAAGUGAAGACCAUUAAAGAUGUACUAGAAUUUUCUCAUCACCUUGAGAAUCUUGUUUUUUCUGCUAGUGAAAUGACAAAGGUGCUGGCAGAUGCUUUGUUUGAAGGACUGUCUUCCUGCCUAUCCUUGAGGAAACUUUCUCUCAAUGUAUCACAUGGCAUGGCUCCUGAUCAAGCUUAUAUUAUUGGCAAGGCCUUGGCUGCAAGCAAGAAUUUGAGAACAGUAGAGAUGGCAAUUGGCAAUGAUUGCAAGGAGACUUGGGUGAGUGCUCUUGAACAAGGAUUAACAGCAAAAACACAGUUAAGAGAUGUCACCCUCCAAAUCUAUGGAACAAUGAGUCAAACCAACAUACAAGCUCUAAUACGCCUGUUUACCAACAAAUCUUUGAUCUCUCUUUGCAUUAUCAUUUCAGGAGAUAUGCAUGAUUCUGUAGCUUCUGCUAUUAAUGAAGGUCUAAGUACUAUGACAUUUUUGGAAUCAUUUCAGCUUUUAAUUUCUGGAAAUUUGAGUUACUCUGGUGCAAUUUCCUUUGAGGAGGCAUGUUUUCAAAAUCAGUCCUUGAAGACAUUGAAAGUAGUUGUUUGUGGAGAGGUCCCUGAGAACUGGUCUACUAUUGCCAGCAGGUUAAUGUUAUCUAAGAGAGCAUCACUGUCUUGUGAUUUUCAACCCAGUAUCUGCCACAAGGUAACAGAGAUGCAGAUAAAUCAUCUUGGUGAUCACAUUUUUCCAAGUAGUAGAUUAUUGUCUGGACAGUCCAUAACUUUGACCCUCUGGGGUGGACUUACUUGCAGUGGUGCAAAAGCCCUUGAUGAAGUAAUCAGAAGUUCUUUGAUAUCCAGUUUGACUCUUAAUAUCCAUGGCAAACUGGACAAUGAUGUAGUACAUUGCCUUGCUGAAUACAAGAAACAAACAAAGACACUAUCCUCUUUCAAAGUCAACUUUUGUUGUUAUCUCUCUGAAGAGGAAAAGUCUGUUUUUCAUGAUUUACCAAGCAAUGGUCAAGAAUUUUCAUUCAUCUCAAAUUUCCCCCAGGAGGAAUCUACAUGUAUUUCUAAAUCCUCUGACUCCUACCAAUUGAAAUCAAGAUCUGAAACCUGCAUGGUUAAUCUAACAUCCAGCAGCACAAGUGAAGACUCUGCACUCUUGGGAAGAUUGCAUGAUGGUUUGCAAAGCACUGUACCUUUAACGACACUGAGCAUCAGCAUCAAUAUUGAUGCUGGCUUCAGUGGAAACUGGGCUUCUGACUUGGCUACUGCCUUGGCUGAGAACACUUCAGUCACAACUUUCAGCCUGACUAUAAACAACUAUGAUGACAUGGGGGGUGCCUGGGGAUGUUGCCUAGGUGAAGCCAUGGAAAGAAACACCUCAGUGACCACAUUAAAGCUCACAUUCAACAUCUUUGCUGAUAUGAGUGGUGACUGGGCCCAAGGUCUAGCUGAUGGCUUAGCCAGGAACACAUCGGUAACUACGCACCAUCUUGCAAUCAAUGAUUAUGGUAUCACAAGUGGAGAGUGGGCCUACACCCUUGGCGAUGCUUAUGCCAAAAACACAAACCUGACUUCACUUCAUCUGAAGAUCAACAACCAUAGUGCACUCAGUGACAACUGGCUUGAAGGUUUGUGUAAUAGUUUGUCAAGGAGUAAUUCCAUAUCCAAGCUUCAUUUUUACUUGAAUGGACAAGAUGUGUUUCUAAAGAAUGGAAGUCUGAGAGAAAAUCUUUGCAAGUGGCUAGCAAAAACUUCAUCAAAAACAUCGCUUCAACUGAUGAUAACCUUGUUUGGAGAAUGUUUAGAUUCCUCAAAGGAGUAG